AGCAGCGGACACGUUAUUGUCCUCCUUGUGCAGCUCAGGUUAGCAUCUCUGCUACCUGAACAGCGUCCUGAGCGGCAGCAGCGCUUCGUUCCGGCUCUGCUCGUGUUCACGAGCUUAAAGCGGGAUGUUUAGCGCGUAGCUUCGACUUGCUAACAGAGCUAACGACACCCACGUUAAAGCUGCAGGACUCUGCUGCAGCCAUGUCCAGCCGGCUGGCCGUGUGGCAGCAGCUGGCUGAGAGCUGCGGUCUCAGUACCGUCCAGCAGGGGGUGCAGCAGGUCUGGAGGCUGCUGCUGCUCUGCCUGGUCUGCAGACUCUGCUUCAGACUGGGUGUUGCGUCCACUGUGAAACAUGUAGUGUCGGCGUUGGCUGGGAUGUAUGGCCUCUUCCUGUUCUUUGAGCUGCACGUGCUGUGGAUGCUGCUGCUCAGCGCGCUCUGUUACUUCAUCCUGCUUCUUUGCCGACACUCCAGCAGCAGAGGGAUCUUCCUCUCAGCAGUCAUCCUCAUCUACCUCCUAAUAGGAGAGUUGCAUUUAAUCGACAUGGUGACCUGGCAUAAAAUCAGAGGCUCUCAGAUGGUGGUGGCCAUGAAGGCCAUCUCUCUGGCCUUUGACCUGGACAGAGGAGUGGUGGGCCCCCUGCCCUCCCCUGCUGAGUUCCUGGGCUAUGCUCUGUUUGUGGGCACCGUUGUCUUUGGCCCUUGGAUCAGCUUCUCUAGUUAUAAAAACGCUGUUGAAGGCACAAAACUGAGCUGGCUGUGGCUGUACACUUCCUCCCUGAGCCUCCUGAAGAGUCAGGCCUGUCUGCUGGUCUCCACCUGCAUGGCUCCCUACCUUUUCCCUUUGUUCAUCCCAAUCCAUGGAAACUCGGUCACACAGAACCUGGACGACAGCUUUGAUAAUGUCUUUAAGAAUGCCAUGAAACUGGGAACUUUCCCAGCCAUCUUGGUGACCUACACAGCCAGCGCCUUGCUGCAUGGUCUGAGUUUUCACCUCGGAGCUGUUCUCCUCUCACUUGGAUUCAUCACAUACGUUGAACACGUCCUGAGAAGGAAGCUUGCCACCACCUUCAGUGCCUGUAUCCUGUCCAGGCCCUGUGCUUCUGACUGCAGCCAUCAGCACAAAAAGGAAUACUGGGUGCUGUUGCUGAAUGUUGUUUUCAGCGUGCUGGUCAUCUUCCAUCUCACCUAUCUGGGCUCCAUGUUUGAUCCUGGACUGGAUGAACAGGAGGCAGAAGAGGGCUAUGCAGCCAGCCACACCAUCCAGAGGUGGUCCGAGCUGAACUGGGCGAGCCACUGGGUCGUGUUCGCCAGCUGGGUCUUCUACCGUUUAAUUUAAUGAUGAUGUCGGAGCGAGGGAGAGGACUGGCAGAGACCAAAAACGGAAAACCAGUUUGUGUCACAAAACGUCAGGAUGUUGUUUUCUGAUGGUACGACGGUUUGAUCUGUUCAAACCUGAGGAGUGGUGGACAGGCGACGACAGCGUUGGUGCUGAGCUGGUUCCCACAGGUGAUGCUUUGGAUGUAAAGGAGGAGUUUGGAAACAAAACUCUUCAGACUUAUUUGAAAAUGUGACUUUUGUGUGACGUAGUGACGGAUAGAGUCCUGUAUGACGAAUCAACGUGCUUAAAUGUAACCUUCAUAUGAUUUCAUACGAGUGGAGAGAAGACAACACAUCAGACCUCUAACAGACUCGACAGACCUCCCCUUACUUCAGACAGCUGUUUGGAGGCGGCAUGUUAGGGUCGGUGUCUCUGUAGUUGUAACUCUGAUGUCAUGUUGGUCGACUUUGUCCAAGAACAUGUCAACGGUUCAGCGUGUUCACGUGGAGCUACGUGGGGAUUUUGGAAGGAUCCACAACCUUCAAAUGUUUUCUGUUAUGACUGUUUUUUUUUACAGCUGCUGUUGUUCUUUUUGUAUUUUUUCUAUUAAAUGUUGCUGUAAUUGUGCACCAGAUUGACAUAAAGUGCAUAAAAGUG